AUGGAUUUCUUGUAUGAACAAAACGGAUUAUUAACUAUAGAUGUAGAUGAAUUAGGUGUACGUCCAUUGGAUUGGAUUGAUAUUGAUGAAACAAUAAAUGAUUUUAAUACAACAGAAAAAACAAUUGAUUUUACAGUUUAUUCAGCUGAAUUACAAUUUACAGAUGUUGGAAAAAAAUUAACAACUAAUGAAGAUGAUUCAUCAAUGUCAGAUGAUGAAAAUAGUUAUGAUAUAGAUCCUGAAACUGGUGAGAAAAUCUUUCGUGAAUCGACUUUAAUAUCAAACACAUCUUCACCACCUACAUCAAAUGAUCAAUGGAUCGAAGAAUUUUUAUCUAAGAUCGAAACAUCAUCUCAUCAAACUUUACCAAUCACAACAACAGACAAUAGUGAAUUAAUUCUUGAUAAUAUUCCGACUUCAUUUUUUGACACUAUUGACGAUCAAACUGAUUCAGAUUGGUUUUCAAAUUUAUUAGAUCUUAACGAAAAUAGUGAUAAUACAAUGUUUACUAAUCCAAAUCAAUUUAUUGAUAAUAAUGAGAAUACAUCAAAUGAAAUAACAACAACAUCAUCAUCAUUAUCAUCACCAAAUAUCAUUCCAUUAUCCAAUGAAAAUAUUACUACUAAUAAUGAAUCAACAUUAAUAAAUCCUUUAAGUAUUUUAGUCGAUGAUGAAUAUUCAAAUUAUAGUGAAAUAUCAUAUGAUGAUACAAAAUUAGAAAAAAUUGAAUCAGAUGACGAUUCAAUAUCACAUAUGAUACAAAAACGUACAAAUGCACGUUUAAAUAAUCAACGACAACAAGAUGAAGAUGCUUUACGUCAAUUUAAUAUUCCAUUGACUGUAAACGAUAUAACUCAAUCAAGUACAGAAGAAUAUAAUCGUCAUUUAGCAGGUUUAACAAAUUUAACUUCACAACAAAUGCAUAUUAUAAAAGAUAUUCGUCGUCGUGGAAAAAAUAAAAUUGCUGCACAAAAUUGUCGAAAACGAAAAGCAAUUGGUGUUGAAUUUUUAUCGGAAGAAGUUGAUGAACUUAAACGUGUCAAACAUGAAUUAGAAGAAAGAAAAAAAGCAAUUUUACAACAAAUUGCUGAUACACGUAGACAAUAUGAAUAUCUUCAUCAACAAGUUUUACCAGAUCGUCAAUUACCACCAGUAAUUAUUGUUAAAUAA